GUAGGGUACUGCGGCAAAUUCCUUCCAGCUUUCUACUUCCAGUUCAUGUUCGCUCUUCUUCUCGAACCCUUACCAUGAGUUCCUCCGACGAACCGAAGCUCCCUCAAGACGUCAUCGUCGAGAUCCUGAAGCGGUUGCCGGUGGAGUCUCUCCUCCGAUUCAGGUGCGUUUCCCGAUCAUGGCGUUCCGCCAUCGACGACCCUCGUUUCGUGGCCCUCCACUUGAACCACUCCGCUCUCGACGCCUCCAAUUGGUAUCUCCUGUGUGUGAAUUUGUGGGAUCCUGUCCAGAGGCUGUGCUCUCUGUUUUCCAACGAGUCUCUUACCCUGCCUCCCAAAUCACAAAUCGAAAUUCCGUUUGUUACUCUUCCCUACUGUUACGGUGGUGUUGAUGGUUCGUGUAAUGGUUUGAUCUGCAUCACAGAAAUUUUCAGACAUGGCUGUCCUGAGAUUAAGACGAUGUAUUUGUGGAAUUUAUUCACGAGAAAGCACAAGGAGGUUCCUCGAUCCGGUCUGGAGCAUCGAUCUCUUUCCGUUUCCGUGGGGUUUGGCUUCGACGCUAGGUCAAAUGACUAUAAGAUUGUGAGGAUUUUCUAUGUUUUAAAAUAUAAUGGUGGAUUUCUACCCAAGAAAAAGAAAAAAAGGACAACGCCUCAACCUCAAGUCGAGAUUUAUUCACUCAGUACAGAUUCCUGGAGAAGUUUGGAGUGUGAGGUUCCUACGCUCCGCCGUGGCGAUCGAGCGGUCUUCUUGAAUGGGAAUCUGCACUGGUUUGCUUACAAGUUCGAUGAUCUGGGGAAUGAGGUUGGAUACGGAUCCAUAGUCUUGUUCGAUGUUGCAGGUGAGGUGUUUGAUGAAAUGGCUCCGCCGGAGGAGAUGUCUCACGAAGAUGGUCUCGAUAAUUUAAUAAUGUCUGUGGCAGUACUAAAUGACUUGCUGGCUGUGAUCAUUAGUGUCAGCGGCACAGUUGACGAUCCUGAACCACAUUUCGUUUGUUCUGUUCGGGUUUGGGUUAUGAGGGAAUACGGUGUGCCUGAGACUUGGACCAAGCUGUAUUCUUCCGAGACUUCGGGAGAAGAGGCUUUGGGAGAAGUAUUACAAAUUGAUGGCUUCACGAGGAAUGGCAAGCUUGUGAUGGAAAUAGAUGAUAAAGAACGAGUUUUUUGGAAUCCAAUCACGGGCCAAUACGCAAAUAUUCCAAUAUCGAAGCAAUGCGAUUUGGUCACCGUAGUAGAGAGCCUUGUGUCGCUUUAGAGAUCACUUGGUUGCUAUCACAUUUACUGAUAGGACAGAUUGGUUCUGCUCACGGAAAAGUGGAAAGAGACAUCUGAAUUUAGAAGAAGUCGUCUUAUACAUAUCCGCUCUGACAACAUGACAGGCAGAAGAAGUGAGGUGGCUCUCAUCUCCAUUUCGUACUUCUUGCAAGCUUUAGAAUGCAUAUCUAGUUAUACAUUUUGAGUUUUUCUUUAGAUUAGGCACAUGACAGGCAGAAGAAAUAAGCUGGCUCUCAUCUAUAUUUCGUACUUCUUGCAAGCUUUAGAAUGCAUAUCCAUUUUUACAUUGGGUUUUUCUUUAGAUAAGGCGAAGUGUGUGUUCUCAGAAGUACUCUGCAUUUUAGUAGCCCAAAUCAAAACCGAUCAAAACCCCGAGAAGGAAACCUAAUUUGAUUUUGCUGAGAGCACCCCACUCCCGAAUCACAUAUGCAUAGGCAU